GUUGAACGUGCAUCGAAAGUAAACAAAAAUGGCAACCUCCAUUAGAUUUUUUUGUGCAGGAGUAAAUCGUGUUCUUACUCGAUCUUUAUGCAAUCCUGCAGUUAACAGUAAUAGAAAAUUUAGGAUUGGUGAAAAAAUUCCCUCGGAAGACUUGUUUGAAGAUUCUCCAUCAGAACCUCUGAAUGCUCAGGAAUUGUUCAAAGGGAAGAAAGGUGUCUUGUUUGCUGUGGUGGGGGCAUUCACCCCUGGCUGUUCAGAGAAGCACAUCCCAGAGUAUCUAAGUCACCAUGAUAAACUAAAGGAGGAGGGCUAUGAUAUGAUUUGUUGUGUGGCUGUCAAUGAUCCAUUUGUUAUGUCAGCCUGGGCAGACAAAUUAAAGACCAGAGGAAAGAUAAGAAUGCUGGCAGAUCCUCAAGGCAAAUUCACAAAAGCUAUGAAAAUGGACCUGGAUUGUACAAAGUUACUUGGAAAUAUCAGGUCUAAAAGGUAUGCUCUUGUGAUAGAGGACAGUAUCAUUAAAAGUAUCAAUACAGAACCAGAUCACACAGGACUGGCUUGUUUACUCUGCAUCAGAAACUUUAAAUCGGCUAAAUCUGUGGACGCCACAUGAUUUUCCAAAGUAACGUGUGUGAAGUGAUUAAGAACGGAAUGUGUGUGCUUAGCUGAGUGUUUAUAUGUUGUUCAAAUGGGAGAGUUUGGCUUGAAUCUAUAACAAUGCUAACAACCUUUAUUUAAUUAUUGGUCAUCUAGAUGUAAGUACACUACAGUGUGUAUGUAAUGUAUGACAGUUUUUCUGAAAAUAGUAUGUGUGUAAUUGUUUGUAAAUCAAUUUAUGCUGUGUAUAGUAAUACAUGUGUCUUUGUUUUAUGAAUGUAGAUUUUGUAAGACAAUAAAAAUGUUAAUUUGAUCAGAGAUAGAAAGACAAAUUUAUUUAAUGAAUGCAUUUAAUAGCUAUCCAAUUUAUGACAUGAUUUUGGACAGGCAAUAUUUUAUAAACUUGGAUGCAGUUCAUAACAUGUAUUAAAUUAAAAUCCACUUGUGUGUCAA